AUGGACGGGAGAAGCGAGUUCCUUUGCGGGGUUGUGGAAGGGUUCUAUGGGAGGCCCUGGUCUAUGGAGCAGAGGAAGGUCCUUUUCCAGUGGAUGCAGAGGUGGGAGUUGAACACCUAUCUGUACGGUCCUAAAGAUGAUCUGAAACACAGACUACUCUGGAGAGAGGUCUACUCCCCUGAAGAGGAGGGUCAGUUGCGUACUUUGAUAGUAGAGUCAGAGAAGAGAGGUCUGAGGUUUGUGUACUCUCUCUCUCCUGGUCAAGACAUUGUCUUCUCUUCUUCCUGCGACCUCUCCCUGCUUAAACGCAAGCUACGACAGGUGUCAAAGUUGGGUUGCCAGGCAUUUGCGAUCCUUUUUGAUGACAUCGACCACUCCCUGUGUCAGGCUGACAGUCAAGCCUUCUCCUCAUUCGCUCACGCCCAGGUUUCAGUUGCCAAUGAGAUCUACCGAUUCCUGGGAGAGCCGCCCGUCUUCCUGUUUUGUCCAACAGAGUACUGUGGAUCUCUAUGUUCUCCCAGUGUAUCUAAGUCUCCAUAUUUGAUGACUGUUGGAGAGGACCUGCUGCCUAACAUCUCUAUCAUAUGGACCGGUAGUAAGGUAAUCUCUAGAGAGCUGAGUGUAGAGGGUCUGUCUGAAGUACAGUCUGUCCUACAGCGCCCUCCUCUGGUGUGGGACAACCUGCACGCAAAUGACUACGACUCCAGACGUCUCUUCCUGGGUCCCUUCAAGGGUCGCUACCCCCAGCUUGCCACCCAACUCCGGGGCUUGCUGCUUAACCCCAACUGCGAGUUCGAGGCCAACUACAUACCCCUGCACACGCUGGGGACUUGGUACCGCACUGGGAGGGAGGAGAAGAAGGAUGAGGAGUACCAGUACUGUCCAGAGAUGGCGCUGUCUACUGCACUGCACGACUGGAUGGGAGAGCUCAGCCAACCACUGCAGCCAGGUCGCCAGAGCAGACAGGCAGACCAGAGGUCAUCGGGUCAAAAGUCGAGGACCCUAGAGAGUGAAAACUGUCACCCCACCACCAAAGAAGGUCGCCCCAAACCCCCUAGAGAACCUCCGCAGGGGGACAGCCCUCCCCCCUCCAGCCCUGAGGGAGAGGAAGGGGUGUGGAGGGGGGAGAAAGAAGGAAGGAGUGAGGCAGGAGACGGAGAGGAGAGAGAGAAGAAACUCCACAACAACCAGUUCCAACAAGGGCCAGGCCAGCCAAUGGGUCCAGGGGGGGUGCUGUGUGUUGGGAAGGCUCCUCUAAGCGAGUCCCAAAUCCGGCUGCUGGUAGGUCUCCACUACCUUCCCCAUGAGCACGGCCCGUCAGCCCAGAGACUGUUACAGGACCUCACCUGGCUCAAAGAACACUGCCACCUGGUCAGCGCUAACGACAAGAAGGGGCCGCCGCAGAAGGCGGAGGAGUGGCGUGGCCGAGCGGCCGGGUUCCUAGGUGUGUGUGAGGAGAUUGCAGCGCUGCACAGUAGUGUAGUGAGUGGAGUGAGCAAGGCCGUGCUGUAUGACCUUUACCCUUACGUAUGGGACCUCAGAAACACUGCACUGGUGGCCAAGGCCUUCAUCUGCUGGCUCGAUGGGCGUGUGUUGAGUGACAGCUCUCCGUUGGGUUCCUGGAGGAACUGCUUCCACUGGUGCGGGACGACCACGGGGGCAGAGUUACUGGGGGUGGAGUCAGAACCCUGGGUGUUCAAAGGGGGAGUGUCCGGAGAGUUGCAGAUGCUUCUCCCUAUAGGCAGUAACAGUGAACUGUUCAGCCACCCUCCUCCUCUCUUCCCCACCUCACGACUCUACAACAUACGACCCUACCACAACAAGGACAAGGUGGAGCUGUAUUGUAUGGUGCGCCAGCUUCAACAGAGAGCCCAGGGGAGCCCUGAUUCCAGCCCAGCACAUCCUGACCUCAUUGGAGACAGGUGUCUGGGGCCCUGCUUGGCUUUGUGUCCUGAGUACAGCAUGGUGCUGGAGGAUGAGCUGGGUGUGUGUGGGUGUGUGUUGGGUGUCGUAGAUGUUCGUUCCUUCGCCAAGCGCUGCCAGUCCUGCUGGAUGCCCGCCAUGAGAGAUAAAUACCCACCUCGCACCGGACAUGCCAACUCACAGGAGGUGUUGCAGCAGAUAGAGGAGGACCAAGGGGAAUACCCAGACUCUCUUCUCUACCACUUUCCCUCCCAGCUCCGCCUGGACGCUUUGCCUGACCUGGUGGACGUCAGUGUGACCCGCUGCCUGCUAACCGCACUCCUCACUGCACUUAAAGCCAAUGACAUUGCCUCGAUGGUUUAG